AUGGGCGUAAUUACAACAAUCAUCGCCGUUGGGCCGUUAGCAAGUUCUUCAGCGGCCUUCAUGUGCUCCGCAGUCCAGCAGAAGGCCGUCGGAUCCUUUCUCAAUAACUCCAUACCACCUGUCGCUCGACAGGCACUGUACUACCACUGGUUUCUCGGGUUCCGGAAUGCCGUCUAUCUCUCUGCGCCAUGCCAUAUCACGACACUCGUGCUAUGCUUCAUCAACCUAUUCUCGGGGAUGUCGAACGCGCCGUCGAUGCUCUGGCUGGGUGGGAUUCUUUUCACCUUCGGCCACAUGUAUCCAUUGCGGCUGGGACUCGAACACCUGGGUCUGACGGAAAAGGCUUGGAAGGCAAAGUCCACGGACGAAGGGUACGCUUUUGUGAAGUCAUUUGUGGACGCGAAUGUGCGGAGAUUGACGUUUGUCGACUUUCCUGGGUGGCUCUGCAUCGUUGCCGCUGUGGUUCUCGGCGCUGCGCGUUCCAAUUGA